GAAUAGUGUGCUAGGAGCAGUGCACUAUCAUUGUAGUGUACUGUUUAGUGGGGUAGUAUGCUGUGUUGGUAUUAAACUCUCGCGUGCUUAGUGUAAUGAACAUGAAGUGGGUUUAUUUUGAGGAUCUAUGUUGACAGUUAUGGCGCAGCAGGGAAGUAGGAACUAAAUGCUGCAGUCACAAACAGGACUUGUGUAUAAUGGCAAAUAAACGCGCUUCAUUGUUAUUUCUAAGCGUGGCUCGUCGUGUGUGUCUCUCUUCACGACACACAGUCAUACCUGUAACCAGACGACACGUUUAUGCUUCACACUCCAUCUUCCCACACCUCCCGGCUUAUUCCUGUCAUUUCAUCAGUACCACUUCAGGUCAGAGCAGUUUGUCUAUCCGAAGUCACACCUGUGGAGAACUGAGCUCCAGUCACGUGGGACAGGAAGUUACGUUAUGUGGAUGGGUUCAGUAUUUGAGACAGGAUCUUUUUGUGGUCUUGAGGGAUUUCAGUGGUUUGGUUCAAGUUUUCAUACCACAGGACGAGUCUCAUCGAGAAAUGAAGGAUGCCUUCUGUGGUUUAAUGGUGGAGUCAGUCAUCAAGGUGACGGGAAGAGUCAGGCAUCGCCCAGAAGGCCAGAAGAAUUCGAACAUGUCCACUGGAGAAAUCGAAGUGUAUGCCGAGAGCCUGGAAGUGUUGAACACCUGCCGCAAACUGCCUUUCGAGAUUAAAGACUUUGUCAAGAAAUCAGAAGCUCUCCGGAUGCAGUAUCGCUAUCUCGAUCUUCGCUCAUCUCAAAUGCAGUACAACCUUAGACUACGAUCGCGACUUGUGAUGAAGAUGAGAGAGUACUUGUGCAAUGUGCAUGGAUUUGUGGACGUAGAGACCCCAACGCUGUUUAAACGGACCCCUGGGGGUGCCAAAGAGUUUGUGGUGCCAUCUGGAGAACCCGGAACGUUCUACUCUCUCCCACAGAGUCCCCAGCAGUUCAAGCAGCUUCUGAUGGUGGGGGGUCUGGAUAGGUACUUUCAGCUGGCACGUUGCUACAGAGAUGAAGGCUCCAAACCUGACAGGCAGCCGGAAUUCACACAGGUGGACAUUGAGAUGUCUUUUGUGGAUGCGGCUGGAAUCAUGGCUCUGAUUGAAGGCUUGCUGCAGUACUCCUGGCCAGAAGACAAAGGUAUAAUCAACAUCCCCUUCCCCUGCUUGACAUACGAGGAAGCAAUGAAAGAUUAUGGAGUGGAUAAACCCGACACUAGAUUUGGAAUGAAGCUUACGGAUGUUAGCGAGACGUUCCAGCACACACAGAUUGAGUUCAUCAGGGAAGCCAUCGUCCAACCAGGCGGCUGUGUCCAGGCCAUCUGUGUUCCAGACGGAGCCAAACACUUGAAGGGCAAGGACAUGGAGUGCUUGAAACAAGUAGCCAGGACUCAGUUCAACCAAGAGGUGGACUGUAUGCAGGUUAGGGCAGAGGGAUCCAUCAAAUCUCCUCUCGGUCGCUUGAUACCGGACACAACAAGGCUGCAGCUGCUGCUGAAGACCAGCGCCAAUGCCGGAGACCUGCUCGUCAUUGCUGCCGGAGCCCAGGAACGUGUUUGUCCGCUUCUGGGGAAAUUAAGGUUGCAGUGUGCUGAGCUAUUGGAGGGUCGCGGUGUGCCUGUACGUGACCCUUCGGUCUUUCAUUUCCUGUGGGUGGUGGACUUUCCCCUCUUUUUACCUAAAGAGGAUGAACCGGAGCAACUGGAAUCUGCACACCACCCUUUCACCGCACCCAUGCCUGAGGAUGCCCACCUACUCUACACCCAGCCACACAAGGCACGUGGCCAACAUUACGAUUUGGUGCUGAACGGCUGUGAGAUCGGUGGUGGCUCCAUCCGCAUCCACAAUGCUGCCCAACAGCUCUACAUCCUGGAGAACAUCCUCAAAGAGGACCCGUCUCUCCUCUCUCACCUUCUGGAAGCGUUGGACUCGGGGGCCCCUCCACAUGGCGGGAUUGCAUUAGGUUUAGAUCGGCUGGUGUCCAUCAUCGUAGGGGCUUCCAGCAUCAGGGAUGUCAUUGCCUUCCCCAAAUCCUUCAGAGGUCAUGACCUCAUGAGCCACGCACCUAGUUUGGUGCCAGAGGAGGAGCUGAGGCCAUACCACAUCUCUGUGCUCUGGCCUAGUGCUAAAAACGGACAGGACGACAAACCCUGACUCUUCCACUCUAUAUCGUUUUGCUGAAAUUUCUUGCACUUUGACUCUCUUUGUGAAGUGAGCUAGGAGUGGGAAGCCAACUUCAUUUCAUGUUGAACUAGAGAGAUGCAGACAAACCACUUAUUCUGUUAACCUCAAUCUUCAGAUCACUGUAAUAUCUGUACUCAGAUGACUAUAAGAAGACAUUAAAGACAUUUCAGCUCCUUCA